CACCAUCGUGCCAAUGACUACAUCCGUGGUACGACAAGUUGUUAAGGAUCAUGAUUGGAAUUAUAUAGUAGUGGGAUUGUAUGUAUAAAUUUAAUGUUACAAAUUCGAUAGUAGAUGUAGAUUUUUACUAACAUAAUUAUAUUAGGAGUCCCGAUCCCAAUAGUCAUCAUCAUGAAGAAUUAAUGAAAGAAUUUAAUCGAAUAACAAUUGAUCUUAUUGUAUGGAAGACCAUUAUUCAAACGGCUUUAGGUCGAAUGUAUGGACUUAUAGGUGAAUCAUUACAAUUUGAUUUAAUUAUGUCGCAUGAUCAUCAAGUUGUUUUAAGAGUAUAUAAACUUGAUAUAGAUAAAUUUAUUACUAGUUUAAUGGGAUAUGUCAUUAAUAUUGGAAAAUAUUAUGAUUUAGAAAAUCAACGAGAACUUCAUUGUGGAUUACAAGUUAUACGUUAUGGAGAUUAUUUAGGGUUAGUAGUUAAUCACAAUAUAGAUUAGAUGGGUAUAUAUAUAAUAUAUAUAUAUGAAUGAUUAUACUAGUAAGUAAUUAGUAGUAGUAAUGAAUAUUGGCAUUCACACGACCAUCUCGGUAACACUAUCCAGCAAUGCGCGCCGAAUAGACACCAG